AUGCACAGAGAAUAUGAGAAUAUCGACGCGAGGUAUUUCAAUCUCCCUCUCGAUGAAAAAUCUCCAGCAGCCUAAUUCAGAUACGUAUAUCCCUUCAACUUCACUACAGUGGCUUAAGCAUGGAUUCUCAAGUUCAACUAUGAGCCAAGAUUUGUUUUGACAUCUUUCGCAAAUGUUUAAUAGUUAGAUGAGGAUCGCGUUCAAUUCUACAGAAGAGUUGACUGCGCUGCUGGCGACGAUCUUAGCUAUGAAAAAAUCAUUAUCAACAGAGCAGAUAAGACUAUAACAAGCGAACUAAUUGCUGAAGGUUUCAAUAAGAAAGAGCAAGUCUGUGAGAGAUCUAUUCUUCAUCCAGAAGGAGAAGAUAAAGUAGUCUAAGACUAUACUCUUAUUGCUCAUCAAGGUGUAAAAACAGUCAAACUUGAGUUGUUCAAGACAGGUAUUGAGAGGCUAUACAAAACAGUUAAGUUUGCUCAGUUCGAAUAAUAAAGCGAAUGA